AUCCUCCUUCCACCUCUAUCACUACUCUCUCUCUCUCUCUCACUCACUAUUCUUCAACAAACAAUGGCUCUCAUCAGAAUUAUUCCCCUCGCAUUCUUAUUAUUGAUCGUAACUCACACUACAGCCCAAUCUCCAUCAGCUUCCCCAACUAAAUCCCCGGCUCCAGCCGCCGACGCUCCUAUUAAAGCCGCCGAUUCACCAACACCGGCGGCUCCUGCUCCUUCCAAGCCGAAAUCACCGGCUCCUGUUUCAGCCCCUGUUUCAGCUCCUAUAGUCUCAGAAACCCCAGCCGAAGCUCCUUCUCCAGCCGCUAAACCACCGGCUAAGGCGCCUGUCGUCAAAGCUCCGGCAAAGGCUCCGGUUAAAGCACCGGCUAAAGCUCCUGUUAAGGCGCCGGUUAAAGCUCCUGUGAAGGCACCGGCUAAAGCUCCUGAGAGUUCGCCGCCACCUUCACCACCAUCACCCCCACCAGAGAAUCCAGCUCCGACACCGGCUCCCGAGGCGGCUCCACCUUCUGUGGAGGUUCCGGCGCCAGCUCCAAAGCACCACGCCCCACCGCCUUAUCACUGCAGGUUCAAGAACAAGAAGCAUUGUAAGAAGCACCAUGUAGCGGCUCCGGCUCCGGCACCGGCUGAGAUUCAAAGCCCACCUGCGCCACCAGCUGAGGCACCUGGACCUAACGGAGGGUUUGAUGAUUAUGCUCCAAGCCCUUCUGAAGAUGAUUCCUCGAGUGGGAAGAAGAUCACAUGGGCAAUUAAAGCGGCAGUCAGCUUAGCAUUCGGAUACGCUCUUCUUCUUCUAUAAUUUCUCAACUUAGAUUUUAUACAUACAGUGAUUCAUUAGUUUCUCUUCUUCCUUCUUCUUUUUUGGUGUUGAUGAAUUAUUUAUUCGUUUUACUGGCUCAUGUCCAACUCAUAUCAUAUCACGGGAUCAUAAAUUCAUAAUUAGACAUGCAACUUGAGCUUAAUUAUAAUAUAAUAAUUAAAUUGAUUGUAAUAUUUUUAUUAUUUUAUUUUUUCAGAUUAUUAUUAUAAUACAAUUCUAUUUAUUCA